AUGGAGGAGGUUUUGCCAGUUACUUUUUUUCCACCUUCAUUGGCAUGCAUAGAGUAUGUCUGGUUCAGAGUCUUCAUCAUGGUGCUUAAGGAUAGGGGGAACAGGGGUAACCUUUCUGCUGACCUAGAAUCCUCAGAUAGACAUGAACUUUAUAAGCUUCAACACUCAUCCAUGGCAUCAAAACCAAGGGUGCAAGCUGGUGCUCGUGGUUGUUCUUAUGCGAGGAAGUUGAUGCAUGAUCAUAAGGGCUUGCAGGGGCUGGGCACUGGAGGAGGAUGUGGUAAUCAGGUUCAAAAAUGUUUGGGCUUGAGGGAAAGCGACACUGGAGCAGACAAGCCUGCAGUGGUUGAUGGGGGUGGGCUCUCCAUCAACCACUUGAGGACGCCACCUGAACCAUCUCCCCAAGCUCAUUAUCCCCAUCUUUCUUCUAACCCAGACCUUUUACGGGAGAGUCCACCUGAAAUUUCAAAUCAGCCUGGAUUUGAGCUGAAUCUUGUUAAACUUCCACGUUCUCCCAGUGUUGAUGAUAUAUUGACAAAGUACCUUGAAUAUAGGUCAAAAAAGGAUGGCAUGAUGACCGAUCCAGUUGGAGAAAUUCUUAAUGGAUUACGGUGUUACUUUGACAAAGCAUUGCCGGUUAUUCUUCUAUACAAAAAGGAACGCCAACAGUACCAUGAAGCAGUAACGGAUAAUGUCUCUCCAUCGAGUAUAUAUGGUGCUGAACAUCUCCUACGCCUCUUUGUGAAGUUGCCUGAGUUAUUGGCUUAUGUUACCAUCGAAGAGGAGACAAUGAUUCGCUUGCAGCAGAAAUUGCUCGACUUUCUCAAGUUUCUACAGAAGAAUCAGGGAACUUUCUUUCUUUCCGCUUAUGAUGGCUCCACAAUUUCUGAAGGAAGCAGCAAGGGGAAAGAUAGCUGA